UGUAGCUCGGAGUUCUGAGGUCAUUUUUUGUGCUUUUUGACAACAUGUCGUGAAGUCGUCACCUUCGACCACUUUGGGUAGCCCAGUGAAAAAAGUGUCGACUGUCAAUAGACAUAACGACAACACAUUUCUGCCCUUUGGUUUGGAAAAUCAGGAUUCGAAGAAUUACUGUAGCCUACUUGGAGUUGGAUGUGUUCUUGCCUGGAGUUAUUGCGUCGGCGCAUGAAAUAACUGGUGCCGCAUGUUUAGUCUUAACUUUCCUCUACCAAUGCCGUUUCGUUCAGCAGUAUCAUAUCAUCUGUAGUGGGAUAAGACAGCCCUCCGUGGCAUUAGUGUGUUUCAUUGACUCCACCUCAGCUCAGUCCUCAACAGGACAUCACCCACUGAGCCCCGGUGAUCCGCGAGUCAGUCAGAGCUCACGCGGAUAGCUCGCGCCGAAUCUACCCACACCGGCUGGAAGCGCACAGUCUCCUAGCGAGUCCGGGGAAGCUGGCUGUGUGGAGCAACAUGUUUCCCGCGUGGCGUGAACGGACGCUCGCUGUCAGCUCAGUGUCACUUUGGACCAUGUGUUGGCGUUGGUUCGGACUGAGCUUUGCCUCCAAUUGGAUGCUGAUUUCUUUGCUCGUCAACUGUCCAGAAGCCCAAGAUGAUGUUCCCCCCUACUUCAAGAUGGAGCCCAUCCCCACGCAGGUGCACCUGGAGGGGAACCGACUGGUGCUGACCUGCAUGGCCGAGGGCAGCUGGCCCCUGGAGUUCCGCUGGAUCUACAACGGCACCGAGCUCACACGCUUCUCACUCGAGUACAGGUACGUGAUCCCCUCUCUUGACCGCUCCCAUGCCGGCUUCUACCGCUGCAUUGUCCGCAACCGCGUGGGAGCCCUCAUGCAGCGCCGGAGCCAGGUGGAGGUAGCCUACAUGGGCGGUUUUGUGGAGGGGGAGCGCGCCCAGUCCGUCUCCCAGGGGGAGGCUGCGGUCAUCCUGACCCCGCGCAUCCACAGCUACCCCAGGCCCCAGAUCACCUGGUUUAGGGACGGGCGCAAGAUACCACCCAGCAGUCGCAUAGCCAUCACCCUGGACAACACCCUCAUCAUUCUGUCCACGGUUGCCCCCGACGCGGGCCGUUACUAUGCACAGGCCGUCAACGACAAGAACGGAGAGAACAAGACCAGCCUGCCAGUCGUGCUGACUGUGGACAACAUCGGUGGCCCGGCGGAUCCUAUAGCCCCCUCCAUCAUAGUUCCGCCCAAGAACACCAGUGUGGUGGUGGGCGCGUUUGAAGUCACGCUGGAGUGUGUCGCCAAUGCCCGGCCCCUGGUGAAGUUGGCCAUCACGUGGCGUAAGAACGGCCAGGUGUUCACGCGUGGCAUCCGGGACUUCGGGCGGCGUGUCAUCAUCCCCGGGCCGCUGGUGAGCGACAGCGGCUACUACGAGUGCGAGGCCUCCCUCCGCAGCAGCCGAGCGCCCACCGUCCGGGCCGGGGCCUUCCUGCACGUGCUGGAGCAUCCAAUGUUUGUGAAAGAGCCAGAGAGGCACAUCAGUGCAGAGAUGGAGAAGGUGGUGGACAUUCCCUGCCAAGCCAGAGGUGUGCCUCCUCCAGACAUCGUGUGGUACAAGGACGCGGUGCCCAUCAGCCCGGUGAAGACGCCCCGCUAUAGGGUCCUGGUGGGGGGCAGCCUGCAGAUCAACGGCCUGUUGCCCGACGACACCGGAAUGUUCCAGUGCUUCGCCCGGAACCUGGCCGGAGAGAUCCAGACCAACACCUACCUGGCUGUCACCAGUAUCGCGCCCAACAUCACGGUGGGGCCGGCGGACAGCGCGGUGAUUGACGGCAUGUCCAUCAUCCUGCACUGCGAGACGGCCGGCGCGCCACGGCCCGCCAUCACGUGGCAGAGAGGUGAGCGCGUGUUGGCGAGCGGCUCUGUGCAGCAGCCACGCUUCACUCUGCUGGAGUCGGGCAGCCUGCUCAUCAGCCCCACCCACCUGGCCGACGCCGGACAGUACACCUGCAUGGCCAGCAACUCACGCGGCAUCGACGAGGCCUCCGCAGACCUGGUGGUGUGGGCUCGAACCCGCAUCACCACUCCACCUCAGGACCAGAGCGUAAUCAAAGGUACCAAGGCUACGAUGACCUGUGGCGUGACCCAUGAUCCCAGCGUCUCCGUCAGGCACGUGUGGGAGAAGGCGGGCGCCGCCAUCGAUGUGGGCGCGGUGCCGCGCAUACGCCAGGACGCCGACGGCACGCUGCACAUCUUCCAGACCUGGUCGGGCGACAUCGGCACCUACUCCUGCAAAGUCACCUCGGUGGGGGGCAACGACACGCGCAACGCACACCUACGCGUCAGGCAGCUACCUCAUGCCCCAGAAAACCCCGGGGCGAUGCUGAUUCCCAUGGAGAAGAGGACCAUCAACCUGACCUGGGCCCAGGCCUUCGACGGAAACAGCCCACUCAUACGCUACAUCCUGGAGGUGUCCGAGAACAAUGCUCCAUGGACGGUGCUCCUGGCCAACAUCGACCCGGAGGUGAGCAGUGUGGCGGUGGGUGGCCUCAUCCCGGCGCGCUCCUACCAGUUCCGCCUGUGUGCCGUCAACGACGUGGGCCGAGGCCAGUUCAGCCGCGAGACCGAACGGUUGUCCCUGCCGGAGGAGCCCCCCAGUGCCCCACCCCAGACAGUGAUCGCCAGCGGCCGCACCAACCAGUCCAUCAUGAUCCAGUGGCAGCCGCCCCCCGAGACCCACCAGAACGGCCCGCUGCAGGGCUAUGUCAUUAGGUACUGUCUCUCAGGUCUGCCAGUGGACUGCCAGAUCAAGAACAUCACCAACCCGGACCAGACCAACAUGCUGCUGGAGGACCUCAUCAUCUGGACCAACUACGAGAUCGAGGUGGCCGCGUACAACGGCGCCGGCCAAGGCAUCUUCAGCCACAAGGUCACCGAAUGGACUCUGCAAGGAGUGCCCACCGUUCCCCCGGGUAACGUCCAGGCCGAGGCUGUCAACUCCAGCACGGUGCGCUUCACGUGGAACGCCCCGAGCCCCCAGUUCAUCAACGGCAUCAACCAGGGCUACAAGCUCUUGGCAUGGGAGCCUGGCCACGAGGACGACGUUACCAUGGUGACGGUGCGGCCCAACUUCCAGGACAGUGUGCACGUGGGCUACAUCUCGGGCUUGAAGAAGUUCGCCCAGUACUACACCUCCGUGCUGUGCUUCACCACGCCAGGGGACGGGCCCCGCAGCCCGGCACACAGAGUGCGCACCCACGAGGACACACCUGGUCCUGUGGGUCACCUCAGCUUCACUGACAUCCUGGACACGUCCCUCAAAGUCAGCUGGAAAGAGCCACACGAGAAAAACGGCGUCCUCACAGGUUACCGCAUCUCCUGGGAGGAGUUCAACCGCACCAACACGCGGGUCACCCACUACCUCCCCAACCAGACGCAGGAGUACCGUGUGACGGGCCUCACCGCCCUCACCACCUACACCAUCCAGGUGGCCGGCAUGACCUCCAAGGGCCAGGGCCAGGUCUCCUCCUCCACCAUCUCCUCUGGGGUGCCUCCAGAGAUGCCUGGACCCCCCACCAACAUCGCGAUCUCCAACAUCGGGCCUCGCUCGGUCACGCUGCAGUUUAAACCCGGCUACGACGGCAAGACCUCCAUCUCCCGCUGGCAGGUGGAAGCGCAGAUUGGCGUGAUGGGAGAGAAUGAGGAGUGGGUGACGGUUCACCAGCUGUCCAACGAGCCCGAUGCCAGAUCUCUGGAGGUCCUGGGGCUGAACCCUUACACCUUCUACAGGUUUCGCAUGAGGCAGGUGAACAUCGUGGGCACCAGCCCCGCUAGCCAGCCCUCCAGGAAGAUCCAGACGCUGCAGGCACCUCCAGACAUCGCCCCGGCCAACGUCACCCUCCGCACGGCCAGCGAGACCAGCCUCUGGCUCAGAUGGGUGCCCUUGCCAGAGUGGGAGUACAACGGCAACCCGGACCUGCUGGGCUACCGGGUGCAGUACUCGCGGGCCGGGUCCAAGGCCGGCUUUCUGUCCCAUGUAAUAGCGGACCGGCUGGAGCGCGAGUUCACCAUCGAGGACCUGGAGGAGUGGACCGAGUACGAGGUGCGCGUCCAGGCCUUCAACAACAUCGGCAGCGGGCCCCUCAGUCCACCCAUCGUCGGCAGGACCCGCGAGUCCGUGCCAUCUAGUGGUCCCAGUAACGUCUCGGCCUUCGCCACCACCUCCAGCAGCAUCCUGGUGCGCUGGGGAGAGGUGCUGGAGCAAGACCGCAACGGACUCAUCCUGGGAUACAAGGUGGCAUUUAAAGAGAAGGACCUUGAUACUGACCUGUGUUUCUGGACGGUGGAGGGCAACAACAGCCACAGUGUGCAGCUGACGGGUCUGGGCAAGUAUGUCCUGUAUGAGAUCCAGGUCCUGGCCUUCACCCGCAUAGGAGACGGCAGGCCCAGCUCCCCACCCAUCCUGGAGAGGACCCUGGAUGACGUGCCGGGUACUCCGAUGGGUAUCCUAUUCCCGGAGGUUAGGACCUCGUCUGUGCGCCUCAUAUGGCAGCCUCCAGCCCAGCCCAAUGGCAUCAUCCUGGCCUAUCAGAUCACUUACCGGCGAAACUCCUCCAAUGCCAACGCGGCCACGGUGGACGUGCUUAGCCCCAGCGCCCGCCAGUACACGGCCACGGGGCUCAAGCCCGAGACCGUCUACGUCUUCCGGCUCACGGCCCAGACCAGGAAGGGAUGGGGGGAGGCGGCAGAGGCCCUGGUCGUCACCACAGAAAAGAGAGCUCGUCCGCAGCCCACCAGCAGGCCCCUGGUGCCGCAGGAUGAGGUCCAGGCCCGGAGUGUUCUGUUGUCGUGGGAACCGGGCAGCGACGGCCUCUCGCCGGUCCGCUACUACACGGUCCAGUACCGAGAGCUGCCGGACAGCAACUGGACCGUGCACUCAGCCUCCGUCAACCACGAGGCCAGCUCCUACAUAGUAGACAAACUCAAGCCGUUCACCUCGUACCAGUUCAGGGUGAAGGCCACCAAUGACAUUGGAGACAGUGAAUACAGCCAGGAGAGUGAGGCCAUUACCACUCUACAGGAUGCACCAGACAAAGCGCCAACAAUCCUUUCCGUAACUCCUCACACCACCACGUCCGUACUGGUCCGCUGGAAGGCUCCAUCUGAAGAGCAGAUCAAUGGGAUCCUGCUGGGUUUCAGGGUCCGCUACCGGGAGCUGCACUACGACCGCCUGAGGAGCUUCACCGUGCGCACGGUCAACAACCCGCCGGCUGCCUGGGCCGAACUGACCGACUUGAGCAAAAACAAGCGGUACGAGAUCCGGCUGAGUGUGUACAACGCGGUUGGAGAGGGACCCGUCAGCUCACCACAGGAGGUCUUUGUCGGGGAGGCUGUACCAACAGCUCCUCCCCAGAGUGUCUCAGUGCAGUCCUCCACCGCCUCUCAGCUGGACGUCACGUGGGACCCCCCUCCUCUGGACGCACAGAAUGGAGAUAUCCAGGGAUACAAGAUCUACUACUGGGAGUUCCAGCUGCAGAACGAGACGGAGCGGCUGCGUACGCUCUUCCUGCCGGAGGGCGGCGUGAAGCUGAAGAACCUGACGGGCUACACCACCUACAUGGUCAGCGUGGCCGCCUUCAACGCCGCCGGGGACGGACCGCGCUCACCGCCCACCAGAGGGCGCACUCAGCAAGCAGCCCCGAGUGCCCCCAGCUUCAUCCACUUCAGUGAGCUGACCACCACCUCGGUCAACGUGUCCUGGGGUGAGCCCCGGCAUCCCAACGGCAUCAUCGAGGGCUUCAAAGUCAUCUACGAGCCCUGCACGCCCGUGGAUGGUGUCAGUAAGGUUGUGACAGUGGAUGUGAAGGGCAGCACGCCGCUCUGGAUGAAAAUCAAGGACCUGGCUGACGGCGUGACCUACAACUUCCGCAUCCGAGCCAAAACGCUGACAUACGGCCCAGAGGUCCAGGCCAACAUCACCACAGGCCCCGGAGAAGGUGCCCCUGGUCCCCCUGGGGAGCCCUUCAUUAGUCGCUAUGGCAGCGCUCUCACACUGCACUGGACCAGCGGUGAUCCCGGACGAGCCCCCAUCACGCGCUACGUCAUCGAGGCCAGGCCAUCUGAUGAGGGAUUGUGGGACAUCCUUAUCAAAGAUAUCCCCAAAGAGGUGACCUCCUACACCCUGGACUUGGACAUGCUACGGGAGGGAGUGACGUAUGACUUCAGGGUGAUUGGUGUGAACGACUAUGGCUACGGUUCUCCCAGUGCUCCCUCUCCAUCUGUAUCUGCCCAGAAAAUCUCCCCGUUCUACGAGGAGUGGUGGUUCCUGGUGGUGAUCGCCCUCGUCGGUCUGAUAUUCAUCCUCCUCCUCGUCUUCAUCCUCAUCAUCCGAGGACAGAGCAAGAAGUACACCAAGAAAUCUGACUCAGGUAGCCACUCCAACUGCACGUCUCUACCCCUGAGUCAUGGAGAGAUGGUGAGGCUGGACGAGGGGCGCUUCCCUGCUCUGGAGCUCAACAACCGCCGGCUGUCAGUGAAAAACUCCUUCUGUCGCAAGAACGGCAUCUACACCCGGUCUCCACCCAGGCCUAGUCCUGGCAGCCUGCACUACUCUGAUGAGGAUGUGAGCAACAAGUACAAUGACCUGAUCCCAGCGGAGAGCAGCAGUCUCACGGAGAAGCCCUCAGAGAUCUCAGACUCCCAGGGUAGUGACAGCGAGUACGAAAUGGAUCCCAACCGAGCGAAGACACACUCCUUCGUCAACCAUUACAUCAGCGACCCCACCUACUACAACUCCUGGCGACGGCAGCAGAAGGGAGUCUCCCGCCCCCCGGCGUACGGCUACGGCCAGCCCGAGAGCCUGGCGGAGCAGGAGUCCACCAACACCACCACCACCACCACCACCGCCCGGCCACAACCACCCCCACUACCCCCGCUACCUCCCCUCCUGCCCCAGCAGAGCCACCCCUCCCCUCAGCCGCAGAGCCAGGGAGGCACCCUCUUUAGGCCCAAGGGCAGCCGGACUCCCACCCCGUCGCUGCUGUCCUCGGAGAGCCACAGCCAGCACGGCACCCUGUACCGGCCCCCCAGCAGCCUGGGGCCCGCCAGCCAGGCACCUCCCACGGGCUUCUCCUCCUUCGUUUGACAGCAGACUCUCCUUCAUAUAACUCUCCUCUAUCUAUCUAUCUAUCUAUCUAUCCUUUUUUGGCUUUCUGCAGUAACACCAA